CCGGACGUUUUUUGUCAUCGGACCUCUACAGCAUGACCAACAAAAUUAGAAAUGAUCAUUUGUGGAUUUUACCUUUUAAUAAACUUUACAUUUCUUUCAGAACGCUCGUCAUAAUUAAUUUCAGACUGAAUAAUAGUGUCACAGCUUUAUGAAUACAUAUGUCAGGUACACAGAAUAAGGUCGCGCUAUAUGUGAGUCACGCGGCUGGUUUGUUUAGGUUUCAUUUCUUGUAAACAUAAGUGUGUUUUUAAAGAUGGCAGGACUGGAGCUGCUAUUUAACUACGUGUCAAACUCUAUAACCACCUCUCAAGAUGCUUUGAUUUGUUUUGUACACUGGGAAAUAGUGAAAAGCGGCUAUAAAUGUCAGGGGACUGGAGAUGAGCCUCGAGAUGGAGAAAAGAAAUCUGAACUGCUUCCCUCCGGCUGGAAUGAGAGCAAGGAACUCUACACACUCAGAUACAGAUCAAAUGAUGAAAAGUCAAGCAUACUGCUCAAAGCCUUCACAGUGGAUUCAACCCUCAUCUUCAAUUUAAUGGACUCAACAACAGAAAAAGUAACAGAUCUCACAGUUAACGUCAGCGACUAUGUAGAUGAGGCUAAUCUACAGACAUUUGAAAGCGUGUUUAAGAACCUAGAUGAGUUGACCAAGAAGCUGAAGACCUCACUGUUGCCUUCUGAAAAGGACGAGCGUCAAGCAAAGACAGAGAAGAAGAGAGAGAGUGAAAGAGCCGCAAAUUCAAGAGACUCAAACAGCGAUCCUCUCCUGAUACAGACCAGAGUUCCCCCAACCAGACACCCACCAAACUGGCCUGACCCGAUGGCUCCAUUUGCUGCAGGAGGUGCUGACCUCGAUCCCUUUGGGGGAAGGGCUGGAGGAAUGAUUGUUGAUCCAUUACGUGCCGGGUUUCCUCGAUCAGGGUUUGACCCCUCAUCUGGGAUUCCUGGAGUCCUCCCGCCAGGCGCUGUGCCCCCUGGUGCCCGCUUUGACCCCUUUGGUCCAGUUGGGCGUCACAGACCUGGGCCAGACCCCGAUCACAUGCCCCCGCCAGGUUAUGAUGACAUGUUCAUGUAGAAUGAAGAUGCACCACUUUUCUGUUCUAGGGAAAAAACUUUUUCCAUAGCUUUCCAGACUACUCCCUGCCCCACAGAGACAUGCACUUUGCAUUUGAUUAAGCCUACUUAAAAAGGUUGUGAUGAAUUUAACACAAAAUCUGUAUUGUUUUGACAAAGCAAGCACGGAUAAUUAAUUUUUUUUUAAUCAUUGAUUUGCAUUUUUCCUGUUUGUUCUUUUUAUUAAUAGUGAAUUGGUGAAAUAAACUGCUUUUUGUCCAGCGAAACUGUUUCCUUGUUCUGAUAGAUCUUUCAUUAAAGAUAUAUAAAAAAACAAAACAAAACCAGGUAAGUCAAAUACCUGCUAAGUGAAACGGUAAUAGUUGUUAUUGAAUAAACGAAAAAGACACAGAUAAGCCUCAAAAUUUAAACAGAUAAAAGAAAGAUUCCUGUAACUUUAUUAUAACUUGUUAUAUUCACAGUUUGUCUUGUUGUCUAGUCUCUUUCCACUUCACAUUAUCAAUAGAUGAAACUGUAGCUGCUGGAGAUGGUCACUUAAGUGAGAGGGACAUGGUGAAUGCUGCAACAGAUGUAGAAGAAAUCAAUGUCUGUAAUGGUCACUGUGAGUCACAGUGAGCCUGCAAUGUCAAUCCAACUGUCCUCUGCUGACAGACACACUGAGUGUCCAUAAACAAUGACUGGACUAAAGUACUGCAUAUCACUAUAAGAAUAAAGUGCCAAUUGGUUUA